GGUUGUUCACCCGACAGCUGUCAAAUUUCGCGCGUUUGUCGCUCAAAACAAACCGUGCUCGCUUGGAAGUCGGUCGCUUGCGUGAGUUUCUGUUCAAAGUUUAUUCAGGAAAUUUCCUGGUAAAAUCAGUGGAUUUCCUUCUAGUUAGGUGUUUUUUCCUUUAUCCAUCACGUCGAGAUGAACGAUAGUUUCGGUGCCGGAGGGUUCAGUGCCAAUGCCACCGGUGGUGGGGCAGCCCAGGAGAACAAGGCCGAGGGCGUUCUUCCGCUGACCAUUCGACAGAUCUUGGAAUCGUCCGAGAGCGGAGUGCAGUUGUUCGGAAUCCACUAUAGCAUGGUCACCUUUGUGGCCAUCGUUCGGAGUGUGGAUCAUUCGUCGACGAAGAUUACCUACGGUCUGGAGGAUCACACCGGCCAGGUGGAUGCUCACCUGUGGCUGGAGGAAGGCGACACAAACAGCGUCCCGGGAAUGAUGACCCACAGCUAUGCUCGGGUGUUCGGAUCGGUUCGCCAUCAGGGCGGAAGCAAGGCGGUUAUGAUCUACAAGAUUGAACAGGUCAGCUCCCCGAAUGAUGUGACCACCCAUUUGCUGGAGGUGUUGAAUGCUCGCUACAAGGGAGAGGAGUAUGCCAAGGGCGGAGGUGCCGGUGGCAGCGGUGGGGAAUCGGAAAAGAACACCGCCUCGAGCGGAGGAUUCAUGGAAACGGAUGGCAAUGCGAUGGGACUGACGGGCAAACAGCUGAUCGUGUACAAAGCUAUCAAGAGCCAUAUGUCGGACAUUGGGAUUAGUCGGCAGGAGCUGCAGCAGAAGUUCCCGCAUAUUAGUGCCUCGGAGAUGCAGAGCAUAACGGAUUACAUGACCCAGGAGGGAAUCGUCUACACCAGUGUGGACUCCGAUCACUUCCUAUGUGUGGACGCGUAGAGCGCUUGAUGUGUUGUUGGUACAAAUUAAGGUAUUUAUAAGCACCCAUAUUAUUCUCUUAUGUAAUAGUUAUUAUACAUCCCAAAUGCAUCAUUUUGAUCAAUUGAUUUGUUAAUGUUAAAUCAGAACCCAGCUUCAAUUUCGGUUUAAAGUGAUCGAUAGUGUUCGAUACAUACCUACUAAA